AUGUCACACCUUACAGAUAAGCAGAAGGCAGACCUUCACAACUCAAUUUUGAACUAUUUGCAGCCGUUGGUAUCACAAGAGGCAGUAUUGGACUCUCUACAGAGAGACUUGAACGUUACGAAAGUUGUGGACGAUAAUCAGUUGCUACAAAAGAAAUGGACUGCAAUUCUCAGGUUACAGAAGAAGAUCACACAGUUACAAGGCCAAGUGGAUCAGCUCUCGAAGAUGAACGAUCAGUCAGCUGAGAAUGGUUUCCUAUCCUCAACAACCGAUUCAAACUUGACAAAGUUUAACUGGAUACCUUCCAAGGUGAAGAAGUCAUUGACACAUACCUCUAACGUAACCUCGGUUAAGAUCCAUCCCAGACUGCCACAAUUGGUCACUGCAACGUCACAGGGAACAUUCAACUGCUGGGAUUUGCUUGAUUUGACUCAGCCUACGAUUUCUAUCCAGGCCCAUACAAGAGGCAUAAAUGCGAUUGCGAUCUCUCCAGAGAAGUUGGAGUUUAACAACAAUAACCACGUAUUGGUUACCUGUGGUUCUGAUCUAUACGUUAAGGUCUGGGAUAUUCUCACAGGGAAGCUCAUAAGAACUUUAUCAGGUCACGAACACGUUGUAUCUGACGUGGUUUUCAAGAAUGAACAUGUGAUAUUCACCUGUUCAAGAGAUACCACGAUAAAAAUUUGGGAUAUCCAAACAGGUUGGUGUUUGAAAUCCUUUGUUGGACAUUCAGAUUGGGUAAGGACGUUGGAUAUCAUCGCAGGUGAGUACUUACUAUCGGGUUCGAAUGACCAAAGUGUAAGGCUUUCACACGGUGAUUCCGGUACUGGACUUGGACUCAUGAUUGGCCAUAACCAAGUUGUCGAAUGCGUUAAAUUUGUUCCCAUGAUUUCAAACAAAUGGAUUGAUUCUUUGAACAAAUUAGAGUACCAAGGUGAUGAUGCCAUGUAUAGACAGCUUGGAUUCAAAUAUGCAGUUUCAGGUGGUAGAGAUGAUAGGAUAAACAUUUGGCUAUUGCCUCAACCUAUAAUAAGACCACAUAACAAUCCAGCCCCUUCUUCAAAUCCACAUGGACAAGUGGUAAAGACCCUUAUAGGGCACAAAUCAUGGGUAAGAGACAUUGCAUUCCAUCCAAAUGGUAAACUGUUGAUAAGCUGCUCAGAUGACAAAACGAUAAGAUUCUGGGAUCUUGAAACUGGUGAUUGCAUUAGAACCUUGAUGGGACACGAGGGCUUUAUCAAUACCAUAGAGUGGGCCCCGUCGAUAUGCGAGACGUUAGAGGACAGGCUGACAGACGAUGAAACGGUCAUCAACGAUAAUAUGAGAUGCAUCUUAGCUUCAGGAAGUACUGAUCAAAUGGUAAAGAUUUGGGAUUGA